UGAUGUGCCGAUCACAAAGUUUAACUGCAAAACGUUCUGAACUAUCAAACUGACCGGAACAUUUCCUGAAACACCAGUCAGGUUUAACAUCCGCCCAACAUCAGCGCAGAGACCCUCCCUACUCGGAGAAAAAACACAGAAUACAAAACAGAACCAGCUCGGUCCUCAGACACGUCUUUAUCAAAACAAGAUGAAAAAGUUCCUGUUGUUGCUUCUCUUCUGUCACGUCUCAUCUCCAGUGAAACACUCACUCAAGUAUUUCUACACUGCAUCUUCUGGAGUCCCAAACCUCCCAGAGUGUGUGGGUGCUGCAGCGGUGGAUGAAGUUCUGGUUGGUUACUGCGACACCAACAAAAAGAUAGUAGAACCAAAACAGGACUGGGUGAAAACAUUUUUCGAAAACAAUCCUCAGAUUUGGGAAAUUUACACUAAAGAUUGUUUUGAGGUUCUGCCUAACUUAUUCAAAGCCUGGAUGAAUGACAUGAAGCAGAGCUUCAACCAAACUGGAGGUGUCCACAUUCUCCAGAGGAUGGCUGGCUGUGAGUGGGACAAUGAGACUGGAGAGGUCAAUGGAUUUACUCAGUAUGGUUAUGAUGGAGAAGACUUCCUAGCAUUCAACCUGAAGACAAAGACAUGGAUCGCUGCAAAACCACAAGCUGUCAUCAUCAAACAAAGUUGGGAUGCUGAUAUAUCUAGAAAAAAAUACAUUGAGAAUCAGCUCACUCAGAUUUGUCCUGAUUGGCUGAAGAUGUAUGUGGACUACAGCAAGAUCUUUCUGCUGAGAAAAGAUCUUCCCUCAGUGUCUCUCCUCCAGAAGUCUCCCUCCUCUCCAGUCAGCUGCCACGCUGCAGGUUUCUACCCUGACAGAGCCAUGAUGUUCUGGAGGAAAGAUGGAGAGGAGCUUCAUGAGGACGUGGACCUCGGAGAGAUCCUCCCCAACCACGAUGGAUCCUUCCAGAUGAGUGUUGACCUGGACCUUUCAUCAGUCCCAGCUGAAGACUGGAGGAGGUACGACUGUGUGUUUCAUCUCUCUGGUGUGGAGGACGACAUCGUCACCAAACUGGACAAAGCAGAGAUCAGGACCAACAGAGAGGAGCCUAACAAGACCAUCCCGAUUACUUCUGCACUGGUUGUUGUUGUGGUUGCUGCUGUUUUCAUUGCUGCUAUUGGAUUUGCCGUUUCCAAAAAGAAGAAAGCCAAUCUCCCUCCACCUGCUCCUGUCAACAGCGCUGAGCACUCGGAGAAACUGAAUCCAGAAACAUGAUUGGCUAACACACCACCCUGCACCCUGUAAUGUAUUGUGGGACAACACAACAGUAGGUGCUGUGACGUGAAGUAUUAACCUUUAGUUAAACAAGCUGCCUUAAAGGUGCUCUAAUUGAUGUAAUGCGUUUUUUAGGCUACAACAUUUUUUAUC